AAGAUCUUGAUCAGCCGCUCCAAAAUUUUACCCCUUCAUCAGAGCGAAUUUACUCCUAUAAUUGUGAAAUCCCCCACAUUGUCUACCUUUACCCAAAAUUAGCUAUCCCCAAAGAAACGUCGCGACUGUUUACCCAGGCACUAUUGAAUGAAGUUUCGCAACAAGUAAGUAGAUACCAACAUAACAUAGAGAUGCAUAUUUAUUUCAUCUGCGAGUAGGAGUAAAUACAGUAUUUUGCUAGAGUUCUGAAGCAAUAAUUUUUGGAUUUGCAGAGGACGAGAUCUAUGUGAUCUCCAUCCGUGGUUCUUGGUGUAUGAUCGAAAAGAACGUCGAAAAUCAUGGUACCACGUGCUAGAAGCGCCGCAGCUCCGCACUUAAGGAGAAGUACAAUAGUACCCAGCAGCGGGCGUAGGCCGGGAUAUAAAGGUUUUUCACCAGCGCGAACUGCACCACCAUACUAGCUCCACCAGUCGGGGGUGGUCAUUUUGACCACUGAACGGCACCGGCGUAAGUGAAAAAUCGAAAUGUCGGCUUCCACUUCCCCUCCGCGAACCCCCGCUAGCACGGCUAGCAAACCGGGCAUGUUGCCCGGCGCGAAAAUGGUGCUCCCAAAGCCGCCGGUUCCCAGCGGCCUAGCGACGCCGACCAAAGCCGCCCAGGAAGCGGAGCGGGCGAACCGCAGCUCGGUGACGGACUUUACGAAGUUGAUCCGGGGUGCGAGCGCGGUGCGCGAAGAGGCGUUUACGUUGAACGUGAAAAUCGCCUAUUUGAACAAAACCGUGAAAUACGCCUUCAACCGGAGGGAAAAGGUGUCCGACCAGGUGGAGCGGUUGUGCGGCGUGCGCGACGUGCCCUACGACGAGGACGCAAACUACCAAGUUUUGCUUCGCAUGGCGCCGAAGCACCUGCAGAAGUACGCCAUCGGGGAAGAAGAUUUCUACACUUUGGAAGAUAACGCGGACGUCCGACUAGUCGGGGGCUCGGAUUUUGUCAACACCGCCCUGCAAAAAAUCAGCGAAAUCUCCUCGGGGUUUGCGGCUUCCGCCCCCGGGGAGAAGCUCGAGCAAAGCUCACAGGACGAGUUGCUCCGCUGGUGCGACUCGUUACUCAGGAAUUGCGGGAUAGUGGGUACUACUAGGAGACUCCAUAAAUUAUUUUUGGCUUUUCUACUUUGCGUUAACUCUAAAGAGCACGACACUAAAACUAAUUCAAAUCCAAUUCAAACCGAUUUCAAAUCUGCGGGCUAUUGCAGCCUUUGGGCUUGUGGCAGGUGUGUUGGCCUAGAGUGGCCGCGAUCCGCUUAUUGUGUCGCGUCUGCCCUCUUCCGGUCAUUAUGUGACACGAGAAUUCUCGGCAAAGCGGGUUUUCCUGGUAAGGUUUCUAACGAUUGCGGGGCCAUGUGUGUAGGCCAUCGCGCGGAGGACCGUGCUUGACUUUUGUGAUCCCUGUUCAUGUGGUUCAUAGCAUCAGCAGGGACACAACCUUGCCCGUGGUGUUGCCUCCGCCCGUAUUCCCAUGGUGCACGAUUCACAGUCGAAAGGGGUCGGGGCUCGAGCGCUUCUGGAGACACACUCCAACAGGGCAGCCAUUUCUUUUGGCUCGUGUUCUGGCAAGGAAGAGGCUGGCGGCCGCCGUAUUUAUUCUUCGCUGUGCCAAGCAAUGAGCUUCGGGCACUCGCUCGCCCCCAUUUUCCGAACUCCCUUUUUGUCAGGGACAUGCCAUUGCUGGAGGAAUUGGCUGGGGGGGCGGUAGCUUUUUACGACGACUGGAGGCAACUGACACCUGUGGCAACAUUUCGCCUCUGCUGCUAUUGCGCUCGCAUGCAUUAUCCUAAAGGCGGCGCGUUCCGGCUGUGAAGACCGGCGACUUUCUGUCGAUAUGUGUUUGGCCUCUCCACUUCUGUUUUUCAAACGGAGAUCAAAUUUGAAAGGAGUUGGAAAUAAGUUAGAAAAAAGUUAGGACCUGGAAUGUAAUAUGGCUAACUUUUUUCUACCUCUUUCUAACUUUUUUCUAACUUCAAACCAAUUUCGAUUUGAAAUUGGUCUCGGACCUCAAUUUCGAUUUGAAAUUGACCAGAGUUGCCAAUUUCGAUUUGAAAUGGGCCCGGGAGGCCAAUUUCGAUUUGAAAUUGGAUUGGUUGGUGGAUUUCGAUUUGAAAUUUCUUCGGGGUUUCAAUUUUGGCCCACAAUUGCCAGCGAUUGCCCUUCGAUUCCGUAUCGUCGAGCCAUCUUGUAGAGCCCCCAAGCGCCUCGCAUCAGGCCCCGUCGUUAUUAGGCCCCACGAGAUGUGGCGGGGUCGUCGGCUUCGACAUGCGGCUGUCAAAGGCACUGAGGGUUCCACAGAUGCGUUGGCUUCUUUGUCCGAUCGAUUUCGAUCGUGGAUGGAGGUAAGUUUCUCUUCUUGUGAGCAUUUGAUCCUUGGGCGCCUUUGUGCCGGCUUCUCUGGGGGUGGUAGGUUUUCUAGUGGCGGCGUUGUAACAUAGCUGGAGCGUGUAGCCGAGCAAGAUGGCUUUCAUGGAUGGUUGAGGUAGCUCCGCUGGUGCGACUCGUUACUCAGGAAUUGCGGGAUAGUCGGUAGAAGCAGACUUUGCAUAUGUUUUUUUUGGCUUGUUUUCUUUGCGCUCAAUGUCAAGAUGAGCUUCUUGUUGUUUUCCUUUUCCAUGUUUCAUUAUAGUGGCACCAUGAGGAAGGAGCACACGGCACUUGUUGUCAACAUGCAUUGACACAAAGAAUUCCAUUUCAUCAAGCACUGAAGUCUUCAAAGCGCUCCCAGUCUCCAGCAAAUAUUGUAUGUAGUGAGGUCACCGAACGGUUCUAACCAGGGAGUUUUUUUGACACCUACCGUGAAAAACGACCGGCAGUUUUCAAGCGGCCGGAGGUGUUUUUGAGCAUAAAAAGUUUUCACCUAUCAAGCGGCCGGGGCGUUUGCGGCAAAAAGGCCCGGUCGAAAACUAUCGAUUCGCACUGGAUAAAACGACGCAGGGGAGCCGGCAAAACGGGCGCCCUUCUGAGGCGCCCGCCGCCUUGGUUUCUGGCGAUUCGGGGCGCCCAAAAAGGGGCGCGCAAAAAACGCGCCCAAAAUCAGAACAGCGAAACAGCAUGGCGCGGAAGCGAUUUCGGAGCAUUUUGGGCGGCCGCGAAAGCGGCCGCCUUUUCGCCGGUUUGAGAGCCUGGGAAGCUUUGCAAAAAGCGCCGGCGUGAAAAAUAAAAACGCGGAAAAUAAAAAGCGCCCCAGACGCGCAAAGCCAACCCGCAUGCUAUGGGCCCGCUUUUUCUUCGCUUUUUGGGCGCCCCCCGUGGCACCCAGAUCGGCCCCAUAGCAUCGGGGCUGGCUUUCGGAAAGGAAUUUUGGAAAUGUGCCAAAAUUUGUGCGAGUUGCUCCCAGGACGAGUUGCUCCGCUGGUGCGACUCGUUACUCAGGAAUUGCGGGAUAGUGGGUACUAGCACACUGCAUAAUUUUUGUUAGCUUUUCAUGAGGAAAGGAGGAAUCGAAUGAGCACGACGCGACACUUGUCAAUAUGCCGCAUGUUCACUACAUAGCGAACUUCAUGAUUUCAUCAAGCAGUGAACGACAAAUCGCUCCCAGUUCAUCUUUCCACCAAGGAGAUUUCCAAACACGACUUUACAGGUCAAAUCGGCGAAUGGUUCGCAUCUGAGGUGAUAUCGCUGAAGGGCAUCCGAGUCCUCUUCAACGCGCUGGUCAACGUGCAGAAGACCGAGAACGUGCAGCUGAUGGAGCGGAUUGUGGGUGUGAUCAUCGGCAUUUUGACCAUUUUGCUGCAGUUCGAAGCGGGGAUUGUGUGGACCGAAAAGGAAUUGAUGCUGGACGAGGAUUUGUUAGAAUCUCUCGUAUGCGUCCUGUUCGGGAAAAUGCGGUCCAAAGCGAACAUUUCGCUGUUAAAAACCAUGGGCUCGCGGGACGUGCGCUACACGCUGAACACCCGGAAACUCGCGUCCGCGUUCCUCUGUACGAUGCUGCAACAGUUCCACAAAGACGUACCUCUCGCAUUGAAUAAAGCCUUCAUGCGGCAGCCCGACGCGACGGUGAGCAGUUACUACAGCAUGAUGGUCGAGUAUCGUACGAAAAAAGUGUUUCACUGUAAGGAUCUUGCAAGUUUUGCAUCACAAGUUUGUUCUACAUCACAGAGAAAAUUUGCCAUGCGAGAUUCCAAAGGGAAAACACAGCGAAAAAUCUAGUGUCUUGCAUGUGUAGCAAGACAAACACGUCUAAGAUACAGUUUCUGCAUUACAAGUUUACAGUGAAACAGUUUUUUCUUGCGAUAUCGAGUUAAGCUCCGAGGACCCGCUGUACAACCUGGUUCUUGUCGUGUUUCUCUUCCUAGUCGAGCAGGACGACGUGAAGCAGCAGAUCUUCAAAUACCUCGACUCGGAACUCGCAGGCGCAGAAACCAACAAGUGGAAGAUAUUACAAUGAAAAAUGCCCCCUCCCCAUAACAAAACGGAAUUCUGUGAUGCAGAUUUGUGGUCACAAAUCAGCUUUGUGAUGCUAGCAGGGAAGAGAUGCUAGCAGGGGAGAGACCCUAAACCCUGGAAACGGGAAAUAGCAUGACAAAUUGCCUCCAAACGAGGGACCAACUGCGCCUCUACUUGGCCUUCUAGCAACACACAACGAUUUGUGUAUUCAAAUACAGCAACACAAAUUUCGUUUUUGAUAUGGGGAGGGGGGAUCUUUCCUUUUGAUAGAAGAAACGCGCGAACGCGCCCGCGAACAGCAAGAAAAUGCUGGUGGAAGACUCGUAUCAAAUGCAAAUAUGUCUGGGUCUGGAAGAUUCUUACAUUUGUCAUGCAUGUCUGACAUGACUCGAGAAUCUGUGAUGCAUGGGCACGAAAAGGCUCUCCUAUCUGUCAUGCAAAAACGUUGUUUCUCAUGCGAAAUACGCAACACAUAGCAGCUCAAAAAUUUGUCAUGCUAGCAGCUGCGUAUUGCAGUCCGGCUAUCAUCCACUUUUAGCAUGACAAGUUUCCAGACCCAGACAUUUUUGCAUUUGAUAACUCGCUGUUAUCCUCCCUCGCCACCGCCUGCGCGGAGACGGAGCGGUUGGAACUGUCCGGCGGGCAGGGUGGGGGCGGCCUGGCCACCGGGGCGGAUUCGAUCGAGAAUCUGAAGCAAACCCUGCGCAAAAUGGACGAGAGGAGGCGAAAAGUGGAGGCGGAUCUGCGGAAGGCGCACCAGGCGAUGUGCAAAAUGGUCGAACUGGUGGAUGUGGACAACGCGCUGGUGAACCAGUCCCUCCGGGCCAUCGUCCGCUACGGCUGGGACAGCAUUCACUGGCAGAAGGGGUACACCUGUCUGCACUUCGCUGCGGAGUGCAUGGAGGCUCCGAACGUGGUGGAAUUGCUGGCGCUGCUAGCGAAGGAUAUGAACGAGAGGGACGCGACGGGCAAGCGACCGUUGGAUUACGCACGGAAGGAGCGAAAGCAGGCCAAUGUGGAGGUGUUGGAAAAGAUGAGAAACCAGUUCUACCGGCAGCAGCAGGCGGAACGGGCGAUUCAAAAGAGACAGAACAUAGACUACGCGAGACAGGUACAACUCAUGAUGGGAGGUUUUUGAUGAUUGAGAUGCACACGUUCGUGGUUGUAUCCACAGCUACUCGUGGUUGUGAUUUUCGCUUAGAAGUUAAGGUUUGAUGUUGAAAAUGUUGUUUCUGGUCUCGUUUGCAUUUGUCAAACUCAUAAUUGCAGGUCGAGAUCCCGGAGAAUUUAACGCCCACCCUCCGCGCCGGGAUCGAAGCCGUUCUGCAGAUGGGCUGGAAAAAGAUCAAGUGGCCGAACGGGUUUUCCGCCCUCCACUUGGCCGCGCAGUGCGGAAACCUCGAGGUGGUGAAAAUCCUUCUCGAAAGAGUUGUGGGCGUCGGCGAAGACUACGAGGCGCGCGACAAGCUCGGCAACUCGCCGCUGGACUACGCGGUUUCGAGCAAGCACGAGAUCGUCGCGGACUACCUGCGCAGGUACGACCCCAAGACCAUGGGCGCGAAGAAGGAGAGCGAUGAGGCGUUGACGUUGUCCCCCGGCCCCCGACCGGAGCGGGACCAGCUCGCGGACGAGGCGGGGAGCAAGCGGAAACUGCCCGAAUCGCCGGUUUUUUCCGCGCCGGACCGGAAAAAUUUGCCGCAGAAGAUCCCGGAUAGCGUGACGGACGAGAAGGUGAAGAAAAAUUUAGAGGACGUGAUGUCCAAGGGGUAUGGCGCGAUCAACCGCAUGCGGUGGCCGCGGGGGAAAUCGCCGUUGCACGACGCCUGCGAAAAGGGAGACCUCCCGGUGGCCCUGUGGCUGCUGAAGUUCGGCGCGGAUCCGUAUAAAAAAGACGAGUACGGGAAGUCCGCGAUCAGUUACGCGGACGACAAUGGGUUUAAAGCGGUCUCGGACGGCAUCAAGAAGGAAUGGAAGAUUAUGCACUGCAAAAGUACAGUACUAGUAGUAAUCGCAGUCACGCAUUACAGAUCUCCGUCCCACGGUAAAUCAGCAUGACAAAUUCCAUUUGUCAUACUGAGCUAAUUUGUAAUGCGAAGAUUCUACUACUGUAGAUAGUACUUUUGCAAUUCAUAAAGAUGAUGGCCGAGCAACUGCACGGUGCGACGGACACCACGAGCCUGAUUGCGCAGAUCCACGCCCUGAACAAGGCGCUGGGCGAAUCCCACGACGCAUUAGCGGAACUCGGCGGGCAACGGGACGCAAUGGAGCAGUUGACGGGGGACAAGUUGCAAUUGGAACAGCGGGUCUUCUUCCUGCAGCAGUGGAUCAACGGAAAGCGGUUAGACGAGAUCGGCGCGCUCCACGACGACCAGUGCGAAACCUACGGGAAACAGCUCGAAGCCGUCGGAAUGCACAAGUUGCGCGCGAAAUUGCAGGAAAGCAGGAUGGCGGGAGGGUAGAGAAUUUUUGAGUUGUGCUGGCCUGGUUGUGUUGUAGUUGAAAAACUACUUCAUCAUUUUCCGUUUUGCCGGCAUUGUACUGUCGUUAAUCAGAAAUCUACUUUCACAACCACAUUUGAUCUGAUAUUACUUAAAAAAACAGGCUGAAUCUCGAACUCCACGACGCCGCCUUGGCAGUGGAGCAGCUUCUCUUCCGCGCGGGCAAGGGUGGUGCCCACGGCAUUCGCGACGGCAUUCUGCAUGCAGAGGGGUUGGUGAAAAUCGUAGGCGGCUCCAUGUCUCCGCAAGCUUCUGCCGUCCAGUCUCCCGUCGCCGGCCCCGUUCCCGCAUUUCCCGGCGGUAAGCCCGGCGCGCCCGCGGCAAAAGGCGCCCCGCCGGUCGUGAAAGGCGCUCCACCACCGGGCAAGGGUGCUCCAGCUGGCUUGCUCGCUGGCAUUCAAGCGAAAGGCGGUAAGGGCGCAGCACCACCACCCGGCAAAGGCGCCGCGCCACCCGGCAAAGGCGCAGCAGCCCCACCGGGGAAGGGCGGCGCAGCACCGCCCGGGAAAGGAAAGGCGGCACCAGCGAAGGGAGCAGCAGCAGCAAAAGGAGGAGCAAAGGACGGAGCGGCCACGGCUUCCAAGGGAGGUAAGAAUAAAACCGCGAUUGACCCGACGCUGAAGAAACCCGGUAUAAUACCACCGAAACCCAUGAAACCUCUGUGGUGGAGCCGGUUAAAUUUCGGCCGGAACAUUAAGGAUGGGGAGACCGUGUGGGAAGGCAUCGAGGAUUUCUGCCCGACACUCCUCCAGGAAGACAGCACCGCUAUGCUGGACUUUGUAGAGAGGUUUUCCAAAACCAUGACCGCCGCGGACAAAUCCAUGAAGGGCGACGACGAGAAAAGUAUCAAGAAGAAAGAACUGAAAGAGCUGGUCGUUGUCACCGACGCAGCACUCGCCGUCGGAAAGCAAAGGAUUUGCAAAGACCUGCCGUCCCCCGAGAUUCUGUGCGCGGCGAUUAUGGAGUUCGACGAAACCAUCAUCGACAAGGAGAUGCUCGCCGGGAUAAAGAAGGACUUAAUUCCGGACGCCGGCGAAGUGGCGGCCAUGGAGAAGCUGCGCGCCGAGCACCCGGACGUCCCGUUUGCGCUGCCGGAAAAGUACAUGUGGGCCAUCGGACAUAUUCCAGUCUACGCCCAGAGAUUAAACUUGUGGAACUUCACAAGAAACUACGAAGACAGGCUACAGGUAUAGUGUAUGAAUAUGCAGUUCUUGUCGAUGUGGUGUCCUCGUGUGCCGCCUGUUUCUACGUUGAUUUUUCUGUACGCAGAAAUGAUUUUCGAAAAUGUAUGCGCUUGUGCCAUCUUGAUCAUCUUCACGAAGGCAUAAAUGCCUCAAUUCACGUUUAUUUUCACAAUCGCAUCAUCUAUCAGGAUUACGAAAUCGCCUACGAGAAGUUUGUUCAGGCGGUUUCUGCGUUAGAAAAGUGUCCCGCCUUCGAGCAGCUGCUUGGCGUAGCGCUCGCCGCGGGGAACUACCUCAACGGCAACACGAACCGGGGGCAGGCGGACGGGUUCGAACUGAGUGGGCUCUCGCUCUUUAACACAGUGAAGGACAACGUUGUUGUCACGAAGAAGGUAAUAUAGUGAGCUUUUCUUAGAGCAGACGGAAUCUUGUCUGGCGCUUUAUUUGUGACUCGUCUUCGAAGCGAUUUUGACUAAGGAAGACUCUAUCAGUGUCCUCGUCGUCGCUGAGUGAAUUCAGAAUUUUCCGAAAUUGACAAAAACAGGCCUCCGACUGGAUUUUCACGCAGUUUCUACAGACAAACCCCUUGUUUGCGAAAGCUCGGGUGGAUUUGAUGGAGGAACUGGCCCCCGUUUUCACCAACGUGAAGCGGCGCAUCGCCAAGGACAAGGACGGCGGCGCGAGCAUGUCCAAACAAGCGAAAUAUGCGAACGAGGAAUUUGACGGGCUGGUCAAGCUGUUGAAGGACGAAUUCGACAAACACCACGAGGAUUUGCAGAUGAUUCUCGGUUUUUUCGAGGACCCGACGGAUCCAUAUCCUGAGUAAAAAUGACGUCCCCACCCCCUAGUGAAGAUGGGAAAUCUGCUAGACAAAUCAAAAAGCUUAGGUUGAAGCGCAUGACAAGUUUGGCCUUGUAGUGUAGUCCUGUUUAGCUCGUUCAUCAGGAACAUCACAGAGCUAGCGCAUUAUGCUCAUGGGAGCAUUGCAAAUUCCAAAACACGGCUAGCAAUCGCUUCUCAUGGGGCCUUUCCGCAUGACAAACAUUUUGAGCAUGCGUUUUUACAUGACAGCCAUGGGGUGGGGGUGUUUUUACAUAGGAUAACCCAAUACGCACGGUUCUGGUCCCGGAGUUUGAAUCCGUGGACGCGCGCAUGAAGGAGUUGAUGAAGAAGAAGCAGGCGGCCUCGGACAAGAUGGCGCUGAUGCAGACGAAAUUUAAUUUAGGGAAGAUGACUUCUUCCGAAUUUUUCCUUCUAAUCGACGACUUCUUGAUACCGGGGGAUUUGAUCUUGAACAAAUCCGAAGUGGUGCAAAAGAAGUUCAUGACCCCAAUCUUCUGUGGCGUCUCGGCCCCGACACUGGACGGCAUGCUGUUUUUAUGGGGCCUGGAGGAGCCACGAGAAAAACAAGAAGGAACAACGAACGACCGCGGGAAGCGGCGGGCGCGCGCGCAAAACAGGCGCGGGAAAAAGGACGGGAAGCCGGGGGGAGAGGAUUCCGAUAGCGAGGACGAGGUCCCAAGACCCGUGAGUAAAGCAAUGAAGUCUUCGCCUGUGUAGGUAAGGAACAAGUUCAGCAGGAGAGGGACCUCCGCGGCGCCUUCUAAGCGACAAGAACUUCCCGAUUCGACCAGACUUCACCAAGCGACUUUUUUGAACAAUUCUACCCCUUUUUUUCAAGAAAAAACUACACGACUUUACAACUACACUUCUUUCUGAGGAUAGUACUAAGAACUUAACUCAACACAACACGACCAGACUGGUUGGUGGACCAUUUUUCGGCGACAAAACUACACUCGACGAACACGACCAUGUUCCGAGCUGCAAAGGAUGAAAACGAACUACGUUUUUUGAAAAAAGCACAGUAGAAUUUUGCGUGGUUUCCUGUUUCGCGACAAAUCUAUCACUAGGGUCGUUUUCAUCCGCUCUAUCUGCGGACAACGCGAUCAUGUUGAGAUGGUUUAGAGGGCGCCGUCGGCGUCGGCAGAGGUUUUUGAAAAACCGAGUAGACCCUGAAGCGUGGUUUUACUACCCUUCCAAUGGAUCAUCGUAACGAUGAUAUCGUUUCGAACGACAUGUAAAAUACCACAAUACCAUGAACGCGCACGACGGAGGUGUCUUGUUGCAAUCGGUCGGAGUCCUCUUACG